GGCCUCUCCUUCUUCCUCCCUCGCCUCACUCCUCACCAGAGCGGGCCGCCUGUGUCCUUCCGCCGAGCGCGCGCGGGGACUUUUUUGUGGGGCUUUUGGGCGCCUAUGAGAAGCGGCGGCGGCCUUGGGCGCCCCUGCUCGUCGUGCUCGUGGGCGGCGGCGGCCGGGCGCGGGCACCACGAUGUCCCUGGUAGAUUGGGAAAGAAGCUUUUAGAAGCUGCACGAGCAGGACAAGAUGACGAAGUUCGCAUUUUGAUGGCCAAUGGUGCACCUUUUACUACAGACUGGUUGGGAACGUCUCCUCUUCAUCUAGCCACAAUAUGGGCACUAUUCCACCACUGAAGUGUUGCUUCGAGCUGGUGUAAGUCGGGAUGCCAGGACCAAGUGGACAGAACUCCAUUACAUAUGGCAGCUUCUGAAGGCCAUGCAAGCAUAGUAGAAGUGUUA